AUGGUCAUUCGUGGAUCAGCGCUGAUGCUGAAACGAAGAUCGUCGUUCGAGCAUGCAGCCGACAAAACGAUCGCUGACAAGUUCCUUGUGUCUGGGAAAGUUACAGCGCAGCUCCCGCCGGAGAACAAGAGGAUCAAGGUCGGGGUCCUGGAGAAGGUUGUGGUGACCAAGAAGCAGAUCAUAGUGUCCAAGUUGAACUCGGACGUCGUUCACGAGGUCAUCCCGCUGCAUGAGAUCGAGAGCAUCAACAUCGUCAACAACACUCGAGACAUACAGAGACGGUCUUCCGUGUUCCACACUGCCACCCCGCACAGUCACAAGGACGAGACGCACGAAGUCAACGUCAACGUCGAGACGUUUGCGUUCGAGAUCAUGACGUCUCAGGACGGAUACAACGCCGGACGCAGCUACUGCUUCCGCACCGACAGCUCUGAAGAGGAGCGUGACCUGUGGGUAGAGUUUCUAAGGAAGGCUUGCAAGAUCGCUGUCGACAUGGAGCGGAGGACCGACCCGAACCUCUCCAAGAUCGUGUGGCUGCAGCUGAUCCUGCGCGAUAUUCUCCAGUCCAAGGGUUCGCAGGCUCUUGUGUCCGCUGUCAUCCUCACAAACUUCGUGAUCAACAUCUUGGCGGCAGAGUACCUGCCGGAGGACGGGACAUACAUGCUGAGCGUCUUCAAGAAGCUUGAUAUCUUCUUCACAGUGCUCUACACCUUCGAGUUCAUCCUCCUCCUCUUUGCGUUCGGGAAAUCUUUCUGGAUGGACGGCUGGAGGAUCUUCGACUUUCUGAUCGUCGUCGUGAGCAUCGCCGGCCUGACUAUCGCGGAGAACAGCAAGUUCCAAGUCGUCCGCCUCAUUCGAGUCUUUCGAGCCGUCAAAGCCCUUCAGAUCUUCAGCUCUUUCCGGCAAAUCAUCAACGCCCUCACGAACUCCAUCCUUCCCGUCUUCAGCUCCUUCAUCGUCCUCGUCCUCGUCACCUGCAUCUACGCCGUGAUCGCAGUCAACCUGUUCAGCAGCAAGAACUUCAUCUAUUUCGGUAACUUCAAGAGAGCGCUCUUCACCAUGUUCACGGUCUGUACGGGGGACGGAUGGGCAGAGCUGACCCGGUCGCUGACUAACCCCGGGGAGUUUGACGGCUGGAUUGCUUUCUUCUUCACCUCAUACGUGAUCAUAGGAGGCAUCGUGCUUGUCAACGUAGUAGUCGCCGUCCUCCUCGAUGAGUUCGUGGAGUCAGUGACGAUGGAGAAGGAGCAAAUGAAGAAGGCGGGAGUGAAGGAGCUCUCGUACAUGGAGAGCUUUCACGUCGGGCCCCUCGACCCUCUCCUCGCCUCCCUCGUCCACUACAACACCAACGACGAUCUCAGCGAGAGGAUCGCGAAGCUCUUCGACUACCUCGACAAGGACGACAGCGGCUUCCUCUCCUUCAAGGAGCUCUCCACCGGCCUCCGGCACCUGGACAAGGAUCAUGCCAUGCACUUCUCCUACGAGGACUUCGAUGAGAUCACCGAACACUUCCUCUUCUGCAACGAGGAGGAGGAAAUCUCUGCCGACAACUUUGAGCUUAUCGUCCGCGCGCAGCUCAAAAGGUACGUUCAGCGACGGAUGGCUGCUACCAUGGUAGAGGCAGACUUGGACUCGUCCAAGGCCAGCCCCGUCCUCUUCGUCUUGAAGCAGCUCACCCUCAACAUCGAGGAGAUCAGCGACCACCAGAAGAAGAUCGACAAGGAGCAGCAAAAGCUCAAAGAGUCGGUCGCCAACAUCAAGGAUCAAUUCCUCGUGAGGGGAGGGGUCAACCACCUCGAAGUCCUCCAGAGGAACGUGUCUGACUGCGACAGGAAGCUUAACGCUGUUCUCAAGCUCCUCCUCUCUUCCUCCGACAAGUCGGCAGUGGGGGAGGAGGUUCUGAAGAAAUUUUCCCUCGACAGCCUCCUCAGCCUCGUUCCUCAGCCUCCGACGCACGAGGAGAGCAGGAAACAAGUUCCCAUCACCACCCUCCUUCCCGUCCAGUCCUCCGGCCUCUCCCCUCUCCGCAAGGAGCGAAAGGUUCGAAGCCAGCGCACGCCCAGCUCAGAGAAGAGUUUGCAGUCCCUGGAGGCGAGAAAGGAGGCGAUGUCCAGCAUCAGCAUCUCCAGCGACUUCGUGCAUCUGCUGCAGAACGAGGAGGAGGAGGAGGAGGGGAGGAGAAGGUCGAGGGAGAUGCAUGACGAGGAGGAAGGGGGACGGCAACAGUUUGUGACCCAUCUGGACUCUUGCGGCCUCACCAUGAUCAAAGUUCCGCGCAACCUGAUCAACACAAGACUACUGGGCGCCCCUGCAGACAGCAACGAGGAACCUGGUCAUGAACGAGGCUGCUGCCUUCCUUCCCUCAACCGUCAAGUUGGAUCCAGCAACGAUCAGGAUUCUUGA